ACGGCUGCGGUUCUGUCAGCUGCACGAGACGCGCGGCAUCUUGUCCCAGAUAUGAAAGCUGUCAUUUAACGUUCGCGGUUGGUCUCGGUUCUGUUCACAGCCACGUUUCACCUGCCGAACACCGGAGAACCGGAGCCCGGUGCUACUUUUUAAACAGCGGCGUCAGAGUGCCGUCACAGCUGUGUAUGUGUGUGAGCCUCCCCGGCGGCUGGCGCCCUUUGUGACUCUCUAAAGUGAAUGGCCCAAGCACAGAGACAUGAGCUGGGCUGAGGAGGACUGGACGGUGGGCCUGUCUGGACGGGUUCUGCAAAAGGUGAAGGAGCUGCAGGUCCAUCAGGAGCGACUGUCCAGAGAAAGCAAGCAGAAACAACUGCAGUUGGACAAUAUCAACACUAGCCUUGAGAAGCAAACUGUCAAGUAUGAGGAGGUGCGUGGGGAGCUGCACUCUGUGCAGAGAGAUCUCCAGAGUGUUCGGGAGGAGGCCAAAGCGGCCGUGACCGGCAGGGAGCGUCUGACCCAGGAGCUUCAGACCAAGCAGGCCCAAGUAUGUUCUUUGGAGGGCCAGUUAGAUGCUGCUCGUACACUCGGCAACAAGCUCACUCAGGAAAUCAAAAGGCUGGAGGCUGAGCUGGAGAAGCUGCAGAACAGCAGCAGACCAGCAGAUAUAACUGUGUUUUCUACACCCUGUUGGAAUACAACCUCGCCCUGGGAAAACAAUGGGAGCAGACAGGAAGAGAGGUCGGGGCAGCGAGAUGAAGGACAGAGCCGGGCGAAUGUCCGACAGCGGCUCCAGUUCUCGGACAUGCCCACAGCUUCAUUGCCACGACAACAGAAGAGCACACCACACCGCCACCCAUCCGACCAAUCGGACAUCUUCUCCACUCCCUCGGCUGCAUUUCCAUGGGAACGGGACGAUUCAAGACCAGCAGCCAGGAGACGACUUCCGCCUUCUCCCCAGACGCCAUGCCCUGAUGUCACAAAUCAAGGCUUGUCGGAGCAGGGGAGUUGUGGGAAGGAGAAGGACCUCAAGACAGAGGCAGACAUAUCCUUAUCAGAAAUGCGGCGGCGUAUCUCUGCUCUGGAGGACGAGCUGUCUGCGAAGGCCAGCACAUUGAAGAGCAUUCAAAAUGAAAUGGUGCAAAGUAAAAAGGAGCUCGCUGCCAAAGAGCUCAACCUUCAGAAAAUCCGUGAUGAACUCAGCCUCGCACACACACGAAUGGCCCAGGACAGUGAACGGGCAUCAGGAGCUGAGCAGAGGGUGAAGCAGCUACAAGAGGAGCUCAAGUGUCAGAGACAAAAUGCUGAAAGCGGCCGACUGCAGCACCAACAGCGCACUAAGGAGCUGGAGAAACAGCAUCAAAGGGAUUUGGCAGAGCUUCAGAAAGAGAGGCAGUGUCUGGAGAGGCAGCAUCAGCAGGAGGUGAAUAAGCUCAAUCAGGAGCUCCAGCAGGCUAGGACACUCCACAAUGCCCUGCAGGCCCAGGCUGACAAGCUGUCUCUCCAGAAGCAAGCACUGGACAAAGAGCUGGACACUACAAAAGAGAAGCUGAAGUGGACAGAGGGACAGCUGAAGGAGAGCCAGAAGAGAGAGACACAAACACAAGCCAAACUGACGGAAGCGGUGCGUGAGGCGGAGGGUGUGGCAGUGAGUCUGGAGCAGAGCCGGAAGAGGGAACGAGCUCUGGAGGAGGAGGGGAAGAGACUGGAGGAGGAGCUAGCUGACGCCCUGCGUCUCAUCAAAGAACUGCAGGAGCAAAAAUCUGUUUCAGCACCCCCUCUGCAGCCUGUCCAAUUUUGCCCUGUUGGACAGAGUUUCUCACCUCAGUCUUCCUUUUCUCAUCACCCUCGACCGUCAUCCAACUCCAAGAGGCCUGCUUCUACCCCAGCUGAGCAGAGGAGGGAAGAGGAAGAGAAUGUAGAUGCGAGAAGGGCAGAAAUUACAGCAUCUUACCCUUCUGACAGAGAACCAGGAGAAGGAAUCGACUCUGAACACAUCACUGUCCUUAUCUCCUCAGACUCUGAGUGCUUGCAAAGAGCAGGACACAGAAGAAAAAGUAAUGAAGAGGAUAACAGGAGUAGAAAUGAGUUAAUAGACUGUGAUAUGUCUGGGGCAAGCAAGAGCUGUUCCACUCACUCUGCUGUCAGUGCGCCAAUCAACUCGUCUGUAGAUAGUGAUAAAGUGAUUGAUCCUGAACGCUCAACUCUGGCACAAAGUUCAGUGCUUUCUGCUGAAAAAACACGUUCCCUAAAGUCUGAGCAGAUCAUCCACUCUGAAGACCUAAAGAGAGAGAAUGCCAUGCUGCGCUCAGAGAUCCAGGAUGUACGUGACGAACUCCAGAAACGACUUGAAGACCUUGAAACUCAGCGACGGGCCGAGGCAGAAACCAGGACCCGCCUCAAACAGUUGAGCCGCAAACACAGCAGUCAAACUGUGGAGAGGAAGGAGAAAGACAAGGAAUGGAAGGCACAGCUGGACAGUGAAAAGGCUGAGACAGAAAGGCUGAGGAGGACCAUAGGUACUUUGGAGGCAGAGAUGAAGAGAGUAAAGGAGGAAAGAGACAAGAUGGAGAGAGAGGAGUGGGAGGAGAAGAAAAACCAAGCAAAAGAAGACAGAGAGAGUGAAAUGAUAGAGCUAAAUAUUCAGCUGAAGAAGCAGCUAGCCGAGGUGAAAUCCCAGCUGGCUUUAGAACGAGAGGAAAGAAAAAGAGAGGAAGAGGAGAGGAACCAAAUAACAGAUACAGACAGUGAUGUGAAGAUGGCGCUGAGUAUAAAACUGGCAGAACUUCAAGCUGAAGUAGAAGAACUAAAGCGCAGAGGAAAGGAAGACUCACAAGAAGAGGAGAGACUCUCAGCUGUCAACAGCCCGCUGACGUAUCUGACUCUCCAUGAUGAUGAGCUCAACUCCAACAUUGUUUCCUGCGAUGGCAAACUCCUCCCUUCACCAGAGCAGCAUCUCCUCUUCUGCCAGUCCACCAACCAACGCAACAUGCUUGUGUCUCAGGCAACAGCAGACAUCCAGGAAAAGCGAACAGUGAUUGAUGCUGAGCAUUCACUUCUGUCAGAUGAAGUUCAAGAAGUGGCCUCUGACCCAGAAAACGGCAAACAGAACUAUCUUGGAGGGUCUUCUCCAUCAGACCUCCAGAAGGAGGAGCUUGCUGCUUCCGAUCUUGCCAAAGAGGUGGAACAUCUACAGAAGGAAAAGCAAAAGGAGACAGAACGUGCUAACCAGUACCAAGUAAAACUGGAGGCCCUGCAGAACCAGGUUACACGUCAGACCCAGCAGCUAACUAUGGCCUUUGAGAAGCAGAGUCAGCAUAUCUCAGGCCUUUUAGCCGAGUUGCAAGAGAAGGAGAGCGCCCUCCUCAGCCAGGGAGAAGAACUGCUGCGAUGUAAGCAAGCGCUUGAUGUACUGAAAAAGGAAGAAGAAAAGAUGAUGGCCAAAGACGUGGAGGAAGAGAAACAAAGACAACAACAAGAUGAAAAGUUGGUGGAGAUCUCAGAGAGCCAUCUGAAACAGGAAGAGGAGUGUCCUAUCACCCACCACACUGCAGACUCACUGGCAGAUGAUGACUUGAAUUUACCGAAAGAUGAAAGUCAACCAACAACUAGGACACAUAUCGCUGAAACAGCAACACCUAGUAGCAGUGAAGAAGAAAAUGAAGCACGAUGGUCAGGAGAACAACAUCCAGACUCUGGAGACUUUAACAAGACACAGAGUAACCAUGACUCUGCUUCUGUGAAGGCAGAUAAUCAGAGCCGUCAAAAUGGAGGAAAAGCAGACCUGGUUACAGAACUACUUGCUCUCCAACAGGAGAAUCAGCUGCUGAGACAAAGACUAGAGGAUUUGACCAUUUCAGACUCCAGGAGCCCAACUUUGCAGACCGAUUGUGAAAACAGAGAAGCCCCAGACAAGCAAAGCCGAGACAGAGGAGAUGCUGCUAUGUCCUGCUUGAUGGAGCAGAAGACGUCUAAUGUACCGAACGACGUCAUAACUGAGGAACUGCAGUCACUACAGGAGAAUGUGAAGAGGAGUGAAGAUGAAGGACACGAUCUAGAAAGAGAAGAUAGAACCACACAAGCUGAAGAAGAUUUAGACGAAGUGUCUCAGGCCCACAUCAACCACCUACAGCAACAGGUGGAGGCGCUGCAGAUGCAGGUAAGAGCUCUCACUGAGGAGACCCAGCAGAAGGCUGAGGAGCUUGAAGUUUGGAGACUGGCCUCCCAACCAGCCCCGACAUUUGACCAGUUCCUUCAAAGCACAGACGCCCAGCGUGAAAUACAAGAACAGACGACCCAGAACCAGGCUCAGACUGUCCAGGAACCCUCGCUGGGUACUCAGAAGAACCAGGGUAGCAUCACUGUCAUCAGAGAAGAUGAGUUAUUCCUCAGCUGCUCCUCCAACAAACUGCAAUCCCGCACAUUAUUCUCCAGACUUCAGAACAGCAAUGUUGUGGAACCAAACCCUCUCCAUCCCUCUAAAAAGACUGCAGCACUUCAGGAAUACAAUCAGGACACUGCCAAGACUGACCAGGAAUCUGAAAAAGAAAACCAAGAGAUAAACUUCCUACAACGGUCAGAUGCAUGUCCAACGCAACACAAACUGAAGAGAGACACUGAACUCAUCCAAAUUUCAUCAGACAAAAUCUCUCAACAGCACAUAGCCAAAGAUCUCCACAAGGUCUCAGGACCAAAUCUGACCAGCGGUGGAAAACCUGAGACCAAGACAAAUCCUUCUAGAGCAACCAAUGAAAUAAACACAAUCAGUAAUUGUCCAGAGAGAGGUGUCAAGUUGGAAAUGAAAAAUGUCAGCAGUCAAACAGAGGAGAGCUUGUGUCCUUGUGGUGUAACAACAGUAUGUGCAAACACACAGACUGAGGAGGAGGAAGAGAAUGAAGAAGAGUUGGUGGAUUCCCCUCCUGUCCCUCCUGUCCCAUUAUCUGAAGGUACGGCAGCAGAAGACAAAAUGUUGUUUUCAGGUUCUUUCCCCAUCCCGGCUGACCCGGCCCGACUGGCUGAAAGAAUCCGCCGUAACAGGACACAGUUGUCAGCUGCCUUUGAUGACACGGAGUAUGAACCUUAUGGCCUGCCAGAAGUCGUCAUGAAAGGUUUUGCUGACAUCCCCAGUGGGCCGUCAUGUCCCUACAUUGUGAGACGAGGUUUGUUAGGCACAACUGUUGUACCUGCCGCUCACAAAGACACUGGAGAUGAGGAGGAUGAGACGGAUUAAAACACAGCAACAGUGUGCACAUCUGAUGGGAAAACCUGAUCACGGUGGUUUCUCGAUGAACCUGAGUGAUGGACAACAGCAGCUUCAGAGACUCGAAGCACUUCAGACUUUGACACAAACACAGGACCAGUUUAAAAAGCUACGAUCAGCCAUGGACUGCUGUACACGUGUGUGCAGGUAACUGGGCCUGCACUGACAGAAUAAACACUCCACUGUGGAUCCAAAAUGUUUAAAUGGUCACUAGUUUAUCCUCAAAUUACUGUGUGGAGACUUGCCCAUCACAAUGCUGCCACUUUUCACCCACCUGUAUAUUUAUGUACAAGAGGUGGUGAUUUAGUGAUGCUCGUUGAUGUUUCUUGAACCACUUUUCCAAAGGGAUUGUUUAGUUUUUUGAAACUCAGAAGUAACUUAUGCCUAUCCUCGGCUUACUUCGAAUGAAACAGUGCCUGGUUGAUGUUUUUCUAAACAAGCACUUGUCAAGAUAAGUUUGACUUGUUUUCCAAAAGGGUGAAGCCAAGAGAGGCCUGUUGUGAGAACAUGAUAUAUAUUUUCAUUUUUUUAGCUUCUUGGGGUGACUUAUUUAUGGACACUUGAAUGUGUUUUAGUUGAGGGACGUUUACAAAAAAAUGUGUGAAAGCUUAGUGAGUGUGUGUGAAACAAUAGCUGUGAAUAUGAACAUGUGUGUCGUCAUCUUGAUGUUACUGUUUGUAUAUGUGUGUGGGAGAGAGUGGGGUGAGCACAUGUCUAUGACUCAGUCUAACCUGCACUGGUUUCCGCUCCAUGUAUGGUGAUGCACUCUGCUCCCGUUCUCCUUCCUCUCCUGCUUUGCUUCUCGGUCCUACACUAACAAACUCUCAGUGGUUAGUUUUAAUUUAUUUUACUGAUGUAAUUGUUUUUUUUUGUUUGUUUCGGGGUUGUCUUUGCACAUAUGCUACUGUGCCAUAGCCCACAUUCUCACAUUUCUACACACUGUAGAUUUAACAGAUGAGUUUGAAAUGGAUGUUCAGUUUGUCGAUUGUCCUGUAGCAGCAGAUCUCACCACUCUGCUUACAUAUAGUCGAUUAAAGGAUAAAUUCACAUUUUCCCAAGUCUACGGUACUUAAAACCAUAUUCACAUGCCCUUGUGUGCAUCAAAAGAGUUACUGGUUGUUGAGUUCCCUUUCAAAAGCGAUUUCAGUGUAAAUAAUGGAGAGCUAAAUCCACACUCUUCGAUCGUAAGUUCAGCAGAAGCUAAUAUGACGCUUGAAGCAACUGAGUUAAGGCUUAGUUACAUCAGAAAGUGGAACUGCACAAUUAACCUUUGCGUCCCUCUGGAAUAUUUGUGAUACAGCAGCUAUACUUGCAGGGCUUGCUGGUGAAACGACCAGUCAGUCACAGCAGCUCCUGGAGAUUUUCUGUUUUAUCUCUCUUUUAGUCUGUUUACACUCUUGACAUUUAAUUCAUCAACAUUUACUGAGGAGGGACAAUGAAGCUCUUAGUUUGGGGGUCGACGGAUUUUGUGUUUUCCAAGUCCUGUACAAAACUGAUUAUUUGUAGUGAAGGAGAUUUAUAACUGAUCCUAGAACUAUUAUACAUUUAAAAAUACAACACAAAUUUAGAAUAACACCACCCUAAACACAAAACAUUGAUGAAAUUCCUUUGCUUAUUAAUGUUUUGCACAUGUUUAUUUUAAAGACAUUUAUCUUUCAGUGUCUAUAGGCUAUAUCUUGUAUGGGGAACUAGUCAGAUAGAUAAAGAGAAUUGGCUACAUUAUAGUCAAAGUAGCAUAUCUUUAAUUUUUUUUAUUGGGAACUUGUACAAACAAUAUGAUACUAAUAAACAGAAAAUGCAUAAUGAUGGAUCAGAUAAUUGGCUCUUUUUCUGAGAAAUUCCUAAACAGUUGGUUUGAAAACUUGCUAGCUAACAUGGCUGCUGAUGUAACAAUAAAUUUAUUCUAAAAUUGUAUUUGUACCAUCGACUCCUGUCUCGUAACUGUCUGCAAACCAUGAAUGAAAUUGAAAAGUGCAAAACAGCUAAAAAAAACCCCAAGGUUUGUGUUCUCUGGUUUGGACAACGUGUCAGCUCAGAAGGUCGGCAUUGUGAAAGUGUCUUAUCUUUGGUCUACAGCAUCAAUUUGUGUCAAAGUUGAAUUAUAUAAUCUGUAAGAAACCCCACUAACUGCUGCGAUUCCGGUGGAAUGAUUUGUUAAAUAAUGAUGCCAUCAGACCCUUUAGCCAAGUGGGUUUCUUCCAGAGUUGGUCUUUACAGCUCUGAAUUUCCUCUUUAUGUUUCUAUUUCUAUGGUCAGUCUUUUCUUGCUGAACCCUGGUGGACUGACUGAAACAAAAGGGAAUUUCAAACUAAAAAUACUAGCAUCAGAAUAGGCCGACUUAAACUGUCCAAAUUAGGUUGCUAAAGUUUCAUUAAUUACACUGAAACUGCUUUCAGGAAGGCUCUCUGUGCAUCAAGGGGAAUGAUUGAAGUGGAGUGUUUUUGGUUUUUAAACUUAAUUUGUAUUGAGAGGUAGUCGCUCUCUGCUGGCUGUGGAUUGUUAGAACACAGUAGACAUUCAAGAACGUUCAGGUCCUGAAUCAAUGCCAUUUGCCUGUCAUGUUGACAACCUCACACACACCAACACACACUUCACCUCCCUCUCAGCUGCCUUCGUAUCUCUGGGAUUUGUUGUCUUUUGGCGGUGAGAAGGGAAUCUUCUUGUAUAUUUUUUGCCUUGUUUUGAACACUUUUAUGUGAAUGUAUCUGUAUUGUGUUCACGGCUAGAAUAAAAGGCUUGCUCUUAA